UUUAAAAUGGCUAUUCCUGAAGUGUAUGUUUAAAUGAACCAAUCCUGUACUUGAAUGUUACAACUUAUGAGCACUGUGGAGAAGAUGGCUUAUGUUAGCCCAAAAGAAAUUGCACUGAUACUUGGAGUGGUGGCAGCUUGCUAUUGGAACAGCCUGUUUUGUGGUUUUGUUUUUGAUGAUGUUUCAGCCAUUUUGGACAACAAAGAUUUGCAUCCUUCGACACCUUUAAAAAACCUCUUUCUGAAUGACUUCUGGGGAACUCCUAUGUCCGAGGAGAGGAGCCAUAAAUCGUAUCGGCCGCUCACUGUCCUCACCUUUCGUUUGAAUUACCUGUUCAGUGAAUUAAAUGCUGUUUCCUAUCAUCUCCUGAACAUCAUCUUCCAUGCAGUUGUUUGUAUAGUCUUCCUCAAGGUCUGUAAGCUUUUCUUGGACAGCAGAAGCAGUGUGGUUGCUUCCCUACUCUUUGCAGUACAUCCAAUACAUACUGAAGCUGUUACUGGAGUAGUGGGCAGAGCAGAGCUUCUCUCGUCUAUCUUUUUCCUAGCUGCAUUUUUGUCAUAUACCAGAUCGAAAGGUCCAGAAAACACUAUAGUGUGGACACCCAUUGCACUAACUGUGUUUUUGGUGGCAGUUGCUACAUUAUGUAAGGAACAAGGAAUAACAGUGGUGGGAAUAUGUUGUGUCUAUGAAGUAUUUAUGGCUCAAGGGUACACCUUGCCUAUUCUGUGGGAUACAGUACUCCAGAUUCUCCGAGGCAAAGGCAGUAUUCCUUAUUGUAUGCUUCAAAUGCUGUUGAAACUAAUUGUUCUGAUGUUCAGUACACUACUGCUUGUUGUGAUCAGAGUCCAAGUUAUACAGUCUCAACUGCCAGUGUUUACAAGGUUUGAUAACCCAGCUGCUGUAAGCCCCGCUCCCACAAGGCAGCUCACUUUCAACUACCUCCUUCCUGUAAAUGCUUGGUUGCUUCUGAAUCCUUCAGAGUUGUGUUGCGAUUGGACCAUGGGCACCAUACCACUGGUAGAGACCCUUCUGGAUGUAAGGAACAUUGCUACGAUCAUCUUCUUCUGUUUUUUGGGAUCUUUGCUCGUUUUCAGUCUCCGGUAUCCUGGGGAUUCCUCUAAGAUUGUACUAAUGGCACUUUGUUUAAUAGUGUUGCCAUUCAUCCCAGCAUCAAAUCUUUUUUUUCCUGUUGGCUUCGUAGUAGCAGAGCGAGUGUUAUAUGUUCCCAGCAUGGGAUUCUGCAUGCUAGUAGCCCAUGGGUGGAGAAAGCUGUCAAGCAACAGUGUGCUAAGAAAACUAUCCUGGAUUUUUCUGUCUCUGGUGCUGUUCAUUCAUGCCUUAAAAACACUGCAGAGGAACUGGGAUUGGGAAUCUGAGUAUACGUUGUUCAUGUCAGCCUUAAAGGUAAAUAAGAACAAUGCCAAACUCUGGAACAAUGUAGGCCAUGCUUUAGAAAAUGAGAAGAACUUUGAACAAGCUUUGAGAUUCUUCAUACAAGCCACCCAAGUUCAGCCAGAUGAUAUUGGUGCCCACAUGAACGUAGGAAGAACUUACAAAAAUUUAAACAAAACCAAAGAAGCUGAAGAAUCCUAUUUGGUUGCAAAAUCACUGAUGCCACAGAUUAUUCCAGGUAAAAAAUAUGCUGCACGAGUUGCUCCUAAUCAUCUGAAUGUUUACAUAAAUCUUGCAAACUUGAUUCGAGCAAAUGAGUCUCGCCUGGAAGAAGCAGACCAGUUGUAUCGCCAAGCAAUUAGCAUGAGGCCAGAUUUCAAACAGGCAUACAUAAGCAGGGGUGAAUUGCUUCUAAAAAUGAACAAACCGAUGCAAGCUAAGGAAGCUUACCUUAGAGCCCUUGAGCUGGAUAGGAGCAAUGCAGAUCUGUGGUAUAACUUGGCAAUUGUUUACAUUGAACUGAAAGAUCCAACAGAAGCUCUGAACAACUUCAACAGGGCAUUAGAACUCAAUCCCAACCAUAAAUUGGCGCUGUUUAAUUCUGCACUGCUGAUGCAAGAAUCUGGUGAUGCUAGACUUAGGCCUGAAGCCAAGAAACGGCUUUUAAAGUAUGUAAACGAAGAGCCUCAGGAUGCAAAUGGCUAUUUUAAUUUGGGUAUGUUGGCAAUGGAUGACAAAAGAGAUGCUGAAGCAGAGACCUGGAUGAAAAAAGCCAUAAAGCUGCAGGCUGGUUUCCGAAGUGCUUUGUUCAAUUUGGCACUAUUGUAUUCUCAGACUGCAAAGGAGUUGAAGGCCCUGCCAGUCCUGGAAGAGCUGCUGAGAUACUACCCUGAUCAUACCAAAGGUUUGAUUUUAAAGGGAGAUAUUUUGAUGAACCAAAAGAAAGAUAUCACAGGAGCUAAAGAGUGCUUUGAGAAAAUUCUGAGAAUGGACCCUAAAAAUGUACAAGGGAAACACAAUCUUUGUGUAGUUUAUUUUGAGGAACGAGACUUAUUAAAAGCGGAGAAAUGUCUGGUAGAGACGCUGGCCUUAGCCCCGCAUGAGGAAUAUAUCCAACGUCAUUUAAGCAUCGUCCGGAGCAAAAUUGCAUCACUUGGUACAGAGGAAGCCUCUGUGAUUCCCACAGGCAAAGCUGCAGACGCAGGAAAGGCCACGUUUGCACACCUGAAAGAGGCAAAGAAUGAACAGAAAACCACUCGGACCCCAGACAGUAGUAAUAAAAGCAAAGGGCAAGGAAAAGCCAAGAAGCACGAAGAAAAAAACAACACAGACAAAGAGACAAAAAAGAAAUCUACAAAAGAAAUAAAAGACAUAGAGAAAAAAAGGGUUGCUGCUCUGAAAAGACUGGAAGAGAUUGAACGUAUAUUAAAUGGGGAAUAAGUUCUUGGGUCACCUUAAUGCUAGGAGGUGAUGCUACUUCCGAUAUUGUGUGUAUUGAGUCAAAAUGACCACUAGGUCCUUAUGAAUCUGGAAAGAGCAAA